AUGGAGGUGCAGUUGCCUGAUGUGCCAAUGGUGAAAAUCUUCUCAUAUCUGGAUGCAUUCAGCUUGCUACAGGCUUCAAAAGUGAACAAGAAUUGGAAUAAGAUUGCAGAAAGUGAUUUCCUAUGGAGGAGACUAUGUCUAAAGAAAUGGCGCUUCUGCAACUUCACCUAUGAGCGUCUGGGCACACAGACAUGGAAGCAGUUAUUCCUCCACCAAACAAAGCAGGAGCGUCGGAUGGCAUGUGCACAGUCAGAAGACUUUAUCUACAAAGAAGCAGCUGAGAACCUUGGUAUGGAGCCAGAGAUGGCUUAUCUCUCAGGGAGUGGCAUCACAGUAGAUGGACAAGGAAAGUCAAUCAUUUGUAUUGUGUCUUCAACGUGCAAGCUUUAUACCUGGGAUGUACAAGAGGGCACUAUGAUCUGGUCAAGUCCAGUACAGCAGUCCAAUAUCACAAAUCUGGAGACCCUCCCUCAGAUGCAUCUCGCAAUCACUGCGGAUAUGGAGAGAACUAUCAAAGUUUGGAAUUGUCAUGACAGGGAUCCUCUGGCUACUUGUACCAUUACUCGAAUCUGUUUUUCCUUGAAAGCUUUUCUCACAAAGGAUGGGCCAUUCCUGAUGGUGGGUGAUUCUGAUGGUAACAUCCACACAUUUACAAUGCCUGAGUUAAGGGAUAUUUCUAAAGUCCAUGCUUUUCAAUAUAGUGUUGAUCUUCUACACUGCUCUCCUGACAAGAAAUGGGUCUUUGCGUGUGGGAUACAUCAACAUAUCUUGCCAAAGGUUUUUUUCACAGAGUGUUUACUGAGACCAUCAGAAUACAGCACCCCUCUGUACUUCACUGUCCCAUUUGCAUCAUGCUACAGAGGCUGCUGGACUCCAAGGAGAGAAAACAGGAUAACGCUGAUGUAUCGGAGAGGUUCCCAAAAGAAAACAGGAUUUACCACUUUUGAUCUAACAGCAGAAAGUCCUUGGGGUAGAAAAGACAUCCAAGCACAUCAGAUUGCAAGUUUCCUGUUGCCAGUUCAUAUAGACAGCCCUAAUUGGAUGGGAGUUGGUGAUGGAAGUAUGAUUGUCUUUGAGAGUGGGCCAUACCUAUUCCUCUUCACUGUUAAUGGCCUCAUGCUGCAACGAUUUGAGGGCCACCAGAGCACCAUCAGCAACAUAUGGGUGGAUUCUCUCCAUGUCCUUGCUGCAUCUGUGGAUGGUUCUAUACAUGUGUACAUGUGGGAAGAGGGAGGCCAUUACCCAUAUCUCAAGAGGUGCUGUCACCUGGAAUACCUGGGGAGUAGUGUGACACCAAGAUGCAACCAGGUCUCCAGGGCAAUAUGUGAUAAUGUGAGCAUAGUACGAGUGGUGUCAAGAGUUCAUGAAUCCAACAUUCUGGUGAUGUAUGCUUUGAAUUCAUAA